UCAGGAGCUAGCUUGCAAGUCUUUUCGGCGUUGUUUGUACAUGGUGGGAAAAGGCGGCUUCAACGCGUGAGGUUCCCGAAUUUUUGCGAUAUUUUGGCUUUUUCUACUUAAAAAUGGAGAGUCCAGAGGGUGAACGGAACAGUCUCACACCUCGUUCGCGGUCGCGCUCAAGAUCACGUCUAGAGUCACCAGCUGCUUCACCUGCUCAUCGCCGCACAGCUACGUCGCAGUCAAGGUCUCCCCAGCCUCGCAGACGCUCAUUUUCCAGGUCACGAUCCCGAACCCCACGCAGGCAUCGCUCCCGGAGUGGCUCACCUCGAAAUGGUCAUGAUGGAAGUAGUCGCCGCUCUCGACGCAGCCGGUCGGUCCACUCAAGCUCCCCGAUGUCGAACCGGAGGCGGCACAUUGGCACUAGAGACAAUCCCGAGCCCUCCAAGUGCCUGGGGGUAUUCGGCCUGAGUGUGCAUACCACGGAAAGACAGCUGUACACCAUCUUUGACAAGUUUGGCCCUCUGGAGAAAGUACAAGUAGUCCUGGACUCGAAAACGGGGAAGUCGAGAGGCUUUGCGUUUGUGUACUUUGAGUCACUUAAGGAUGCCUCAGAAGCCAAAAAUGAGUGUUCCGGGAUGGAGAUUGAUGGCCGGAGGAUCAGAGUUGAUUAUUCCAUUACCAAGCGGCCACACACUCCAACUCCGGGAAUAUACAUGGGUAGACCCACAUCUCGCGGUGGCUACGACCGGGGCUACGGCCGAGGAGGCCACCGCGGAGACAGGUACCGUUCCCCGUCACCCCGUUACCGGCCUCGCUCCAGCGGUGGUCGCCGCGACUAUUACGAUCGUGGGUAUGACCGGGGGGACAGGAGCUACGACAGAGGCUACGACCGCUAUGACAGGCCUCAAUACCAUGACCGCUAUGAUAGAUACGACCGUGCUUACGAUAAGUACGAUCGCUACGAUAGGUCCAGAUCUCGCUCCUAUUCUCCACGAAGAUACAAGUAUUGAUGAUUGUACACCAGACAAAACUGCAAGAUUACUACAGAAAGGUUGUAGAUGCUCCAUACUUGACGGUGCUGUGCAGACGGCUGGCUCCAGAGAACAUUUCGACCGUUAUACAGUUACAAAUUCUCAGUCUCAUUUGUCAUGCUAGUUAUCAAAAUAUUUUAAGAUAAGCUGUAGAUAACGAGGUCUAAGAAAGUAAAACACUUUUUUUUUCUAUUUUUCUCUUUUUCUGUCUUUUCUUUUAGGUAAUGUACUCUCCUCCACCCAUCUCCCCUUAACCUUCUUCCUGAGUCAAGCACGCGUGUUGAAAUUUUUAUCAGUCAGUUAGUUGUCUGUAUGUGGUUCACUUGUAGCAUGGCUGAUGUUUUGUGUCCAAAAAGUGGUGAGGAUUCAGGAAUUUCUGUGCUAAUUGUGUGUGGACUGACUUCAGAAACAAACAAAUAAACAAACAAAUGGAAAUGGGGAGGGGGGGGGAUGAUUCGUGUAUGUAAAAGACAUUUUUGAAGUGUUUGAGGCAUAGCAGCAUCUGUGGAGUAUGGGUGUGUGGAUGACCUGGUGGUUCAAUGCAACUUUGGCGGAUAUCUUUUCUUUUCCUUUUCUCUCGCUCUCUCUCCACUUUUCACUAUUUCCAUGAAAAGAAAAAAAAAACAAACAUUGGAAGUGUGAGUGUAUUGAUUGAUAGUCGCACGGUGACCUUGCACAGAUAUUUUUUUAUUUUUAUUAUCAAUAUUAUUAUCAUAAUUAUUAUUUCUUUGUUUUUAUCACUUCCCUUACAAAGAAAAUUAGUGAUAAGAUAUAUGCAACUGAAUCUCCAACAAGUUGCAGUUACGAGAAGGAAAUCUCUGUGUGUAGCUUCAAAUUAUUGAUAUUUUACUCUGCUGUCACUCGAACACCUUCUCACCCUUUUUUUUUUUUUGUACUUUAAUAAAGAAUCCCCCUAAGCUUGAAAGGACUUCUUUGUUUUCCGUUUUAACUUCAUGAUGAUGGUUACUAGAAUUUUUGAGCGUUUUAUUCUGUUCUCUCUUCAUUCAGAAGGUAUAUUUUAAGUUCUCACUUAAGUUUCGUGUAUUUGCCACAUGAUGAGUAUGUGAUAUGUGUAUUUUUUUCUUACCUUUUUUCUGGGAUUUUUAUGUUCCAUUGAAAUAAAAACAAAGAUAUUGAUACUUUGUAGGGAGAAAGAAGAGGGAUGUAAAAAGCUUUCUUUACCUGUGUCAUUUUCAAAAGAAAAUUGCUGCGAUAUGUUUUGUGUUUCAAUAAACGCACUUGAAUAUCAUCAACUCGUUGGUAGAUUUUUGGCUCCAAUGUACAUGAUGUGAGAUAUGACUACAGUGUGAAAACCCUCUGUAACAAAGCUCAGGUCAUCAAGUUGUCUCCUCCUGGUCCUAGCACUUGCUUUGUUAAGUUAGGGUUUUGUCAAACAAUUAUGGUCAUGCAAAAAAAGAAAAAAAAAGAGAAAAGAAAAGAAAAAAGGAAGAGAGAGAAAGAUUCUGAGAGGCUUCCAAUGUCUCGUAACAAAGUGAAUGAGUUGAAAAGGAAGGUGUUAAGGGACUUAAAAGCACACAUCCUUUCUGCUCUAAUGGUAAAUGCAGACUUCCUCCUCCCUCUCCCUCCCUUCCUUUCUCUUUCUUUUGUCAUAACUGUCCAUGUCUCUUGUGUAGAGGAACCGAUGAUAAUCAGACUGCAGAAGUGGACAAAAGACCACCAAAAGAGGGCCUUUAACUACAAUUACAAAGGUCUAUCCAUUGGCGUGUCUCGGGUUCCUCAUGUGAGGAAGAAUCUGUUACCUUUAGUGGGGAACAAGGAGACACGACUGUCUACCCUGCACGCACGAUGGAGGUAGAGAGCCUCCUCACUUGGCCAAAUGUAUGCAGGUUGUCCUCGAAACAAAGAUGUUGCUUGCAUGGCUUCUUACGUACCUCGAAGUGUGUUGCAGGGUGGAGGAGGAAAUGGGGGUUCGUUCAAGGAACUCCUUAUAGUGGUUUAAAAGUUUAUAAAUAAGUGAAGAGAAAAAGCAAAUCCUUAUUCUCGACUAGUUGUGAGGGCAUUUCAUGAUAGAGGUAACUGUGCUCAUGUUGUACAGGUAAAAAAAUAUUUGCAGGAUAGAUUUUACAUUAUUUCAUUGUGAUUGUGACUUUUGAAUAAUAUGAAAUUUUCAGUGUUAAUGAUUGAUUGUAGAAUUGUGCAAGCUUCUUUUUUUAAAGAAUGUUAAUGGUUGGUAUUUUCUUUUUUUUACACACUUAAUGCCAUUGAGGAUUACAAGUAGGCAAAAUGUGUUGUAAGAUAAAAAUGAAAUAAAAUUACCUAGGUCAAAUGUAGAUGUUCAUGGUGACUACUUAAAAUAAAAAACAACCAAAAAAUAAAAAAGAUUUUUACUUGAGUGAUGGCAUAGAUCUCCAGCGGAAGUCAUGAUUUCUUUCAUGAUUUUAAAAAGAAAGACUUUCCAUUUUCUGUUUGCAUGUGUACAUUUUUGGUACUUUCUAGGCAGGAACAAAAUACUGUGAAAUUGAGAAAACAAUAAAGAAGUAUUCCGUGAAA